GUUGUUUGAAUUGUGCUUAAAUACAAUUGCUACAGUUGGUGCUUUUUAAGUGAUCGCACUUCAAAUAAGUUAUUGUAAUUGUUUUACCAAAUGGGUCUACUUUCGCUGUUGCGCAAACUGCGCCCCAAUCCGGAAAAGGAGGCACGUAUUUUGCUGCUCGGUUUGGACAAUGCCGGCAAGACAACGAUUCUCAAACAACUGGCUUCCGAGGAUAUAACAACGGUGAGUAUUUUGGAACAGAUGCGUCUUUGCUUUCCUAAUAGUCGUUCCAAUGCUUCGCAGGUGACGCCCACCGCGGGCUUUAACAUCAAAUCCGUAGCAGCAGAUGGGUUCAAAUUGAAUGUAUGGGAUAUUGGCGGUCAAUGGAAAAUAAGGCCAUAUUGGAAGAACUACUUUGCCAAUACCGAUGUUUUGAUCUACGUUAUAGACUGCACGGAUCGGAAACGCCUAUCAGAAGCGGGCAGUGAACUCUUUGAGAUGCUUAUGGACAAUCGUUUAAAGAGAGUACCGCUGCUGGUGUUUGCCAACAAGCAGGACUUGCCCAGUGCCAUGAGCGCCUCCGAAGUGGCCGAGGCUCUGGGUCUAGUGCGUCUAGAGGAGCGCACUUGGGAAAUUAAGGCCUGCACAGCUGUAGAUGGCACUGGCAUCAAAGAGGGCAUGGACUGGGUGUGCAAAAAUAUGAAAAAGUAGUUUAGAGUUCAUUAAUUUGUGCUACUGUAAGAUUAAAGCUAUUCAACCUACACUACUUACUUGAAAAGUGUUAAAGGAAGUGCCCCUUAUAUAAUUAUAGAGACCAUAAUGUUAUCAAAA